CAAAAGCCGCACGGCGGCGCGGGGCCGGCCGGCAUCCGCGGGGCUGCGCGGCGCUGCGCGGAGCGGCCAUGGCCCGGGAGAACGGAGACGGCGGCGGCUCCUGGAAGAAGCAGGCGGAGGACAUCAAGAAAAUCUUUGAGUUCAAGGAGACACUGGGGACGGGUGCAUUCUCUGAAGUUGUUUUGGCUGAAGAAAGAGCUAGUGGGAAACUAUUUGCAGUCAAGUGCAUUCCCAAGAAGGCACUGAAGGGGAAGGAAAGCAGCAUAGAGAAUGAAAUUGCAGUCCUGAGGAAGAUCAAGCAUGAGAAUAUAGUUGCUCUGGAAGACAUCUAUGAGAGCCCGAAUCACUUAUACUUGGUCAUGCAAUUGGUGUCUGGGGGAGAGCUUUUUGAUCGUAUUGUUGAGAAAGGGUUCUACACUGAGAAGGAUGCCAGCACCCUGAUCCGACAGGUCCUGGAUGCUGUCUACUACCUGCACCGAAUGGGCAUUGUCCAUAGAGACCUCAAGCCCGAGAAUUUGCUUUACUACAGCCAGGAUGAAGAGUCAAAAAUCAUGAUCAGUGAUUUUGGAUUGUCUAAGAUGGAGGGUAAAGGAGAUGUGAUGUCCACAGCCUGCGGAACUCCUGGCUAUGUUGCUCCUGAAGUGUUGGCCCAGAAACCCUACAGCAAAGCUGUGGACUGCUGGUCCAUCGGGGUCAUCGCAUAUAUCCUGCUCUGUGGAUAUCCUCCUUUCUAUGAUGAAAAUGACUCCAAACUCUUCGAGCAGAUCCUCAAGGCAGAGUAUGAGUUUGACUCUCCCUAUUGGGAUGACAUCUCUGAGUCUGCUAAAGACUUCAUUCGGAAUUUGAUGGAGAAGGACCCUAAUAAAAGAUACACCUGUGAACAAGCAGCACGGCACCCUUGGAUUGCAGGUGAUACGGCACUCAACAAGAACAUCCACGAGUCUGUCAGCGCUCAGAUCCGGAAGAACUUUGCAAAAAGCAAAUGGAGACAAGCAUUUAACGCCACAGCAGUCGUGCGACACAUGCGGCGGUUACACCUCGGCAGCAGCCUGGACAACACAAGUGCCAGUGUCUCAGGCACACUCAGCCUCGCCACGCCACUGCCUGAUGCAACCACCCGGAAAGAUUGUAUGUCUCCAUCCACUCUCUGUAGUUUUGUUUCAUCUGCUUCUUCAGGCGUUUCGGCGGUAGGAGGGGACCGGAGACCCAGACCCACCACAGUGACCACAGUGCACACAGGGAGCAAGUGAGAGUCCGGGUGGCCAGGAGCAGGCAGGCAUAGGGCUGUGGAUUCCUCCAAGCCACCCCUCACCCUGCCCCGCAUACUCGACGAAGGACUAGAAGAAAGAAGAUUUUUUUAUGGCCAUAUUUUAUACUGCAAUUCUGAAAUACUUCAUUUAUCACAAACUGCAAGGACUCCAGGGGGAACGGAUCUAACAGUCUCUGGUGCUGUACAUAUAUAUACAUAUAUAUAAAUAUAUAUAUAUAUAUGUGAGUCUAGCAAUGUUCUAACUAAUGAACACGCAUUCUUAUCCCCAGUGAUUUACUCUUUUCUCAGUGUAGGUAACAGUAUAUGUUGUUGGGUUUUUGUUUUCGUUUUGUUUUCCAUUAACUACAAACAUCUCAACUGGAUUAUUUAAAUAGAAUAACUUUUCUGAGCAUUAUAUAUAUAUUUUUUCUUUUAAGAAGUACUUCCAGUAAUGUCUCUCCUCCCAGUUUGUGGGGGAUUAUGCUGUUUUGGUAGGUAGGAGUUGGCGUUAACUUUGCAGCACAUGAGGAUUGCAGUGGCGUGCCAUUCCUCGCUCCUCAGACUGGUCUGCAAGGCUUCAGCAGAGCUGCUGCUGCUCAAACUGCUGCUUUCCCUUCCCUCCUCCUCCUUGAAAGCCAUGGGCAGAGCUCAGUUGCCACCAGCCUGAUUCCUGCAGAGCUGUGAGCCUGCGGUACCUUUGUUUGAGAGGAGAAGUCGGCACAUGGUGCCUUUGAGGAGCAGACCAGAGCUGAGCAAACAAAACAACAGAGUUUCAUACUCCAGCAAUUUCCCCCUUGAUAAUCUCUUCCUCUGUGCAUUCUGCGCAGAGCAAAAGAAAAGGAAGAUGUGGGGCCCAGAGCAGUAGUUGUCCUCUGCCACCAACUCACUGUGCCGUCCUUGUGGAGGACAUUUAAUUCCCAGCCUCCCAGCCCGGCUUUGUACUGGGAGCACACCCAGCCCAUGCUCCCUGCACCACAGCUGCUGAACACCCACAGCUUCAUGGAGCUUUGUCCACUGUUGCUGAUGCUCAGCACCUGCCAGGGUCACCAGCCAUAAAAGAGGAUCAGGAACCAGAUCAAAAAUGUUUGGGAUUUAAUUUCUACAUAUCUCAGUUUCUCUUUGUUGAAGAAGAGUGAUACUUCCACCCCUCUCUAAAGCUCGUAUACAAAAGUUAACUCAAUUUCAAUUAUUUUUAAUUCAUGCAUUUUCCAGGCUGCAAAUCCUGGUGCAUCAUCUAGGAACAGCCAACAUUGAUGUUGUGUGGUCAUGCAUUGGAGCACCUUGAAAUAGAAGAGCAAAUCUGUCAUCGUUUAUCCAACUGCUUCACGUGACCCCAGACAGGUCCACCCUCUACCAGAGGCACAAGCUCAUUUGCCACGUUUGCAUUUAUCCAGAAAAAAAAAUUGUGAAAGCCAGUCACAGACUGAAUGUAUCAGGCAGUAGUGACUGUGCUGUGAAAAGCCAUAAGAUACUUAUUCAUCAUUGAGACUUCAAAAUCUUGCUUCAACGUCACUUGGUUGGUUUUGAUUAGCAGAGCUGGGAUUUCAUCUAUCAUACUUUGUGUUCUAGAUGCUGGAAAAGCAGGUGGCAAUGAGCACCAAACCUGUUUGAAGAGGCAGCUCUUUUGGUGGCACUUGAUAGGGCUCCAGUUUCCUUUCUGUUAAGGUAUUCUACAUUUUCAGAGGCCUGGGAGUGAGUCUCCACGUCUGGGACAGCUAUGAAUGCCUGCAGGGAUUAGCAAAGCCCUUUGGAUUGCAUAUAAUCAUUCAUGGGCAUGCUUGGUCUGCUGGUGCUGCAGCAAAAUCAGAAAGACACAGUGUCCAUGUUUUAGGAAAGUUGACACAUACUGGUAUCAAAACUCCAUAUAAUUUCCCCUCUGAGGACUUCUGACCAAGAUUUCGGCAGACCUAAUGGCACAGGGUGUCCUUGCUGCAGGUCAUGCCAAGCCCAUUCUCACCAGGUACUUCUGCUCCUUCCAAUUGGUAAAAUAGAAUUUACACUCUUGCCAAGUCUGCUUUAUUUUGCCAGCCUGAGUAAGUAAGCCUUAGUUUAGGAGAGAGACUCCUAUCACACAAAUUUGAGUUAUUUUGAACACACGUGAUUUCAUGAAUUCAACUGUGUUUCAGUUCUAUGUAUGUAGAUGGUCAGUCCCAAGAUUAGAAGUCAGUGGAGUUCCCUGCAUUCGCUCUUGUGCAACCAAUAGCAGGAUUUGGUUAAAGAGCAUUUUUGUCUUUGUCCAAUUGUGGUCGGACAAAGACAGUUGGGGCUCAGUGCUUCCUCUUCACGUUCUCUUCUGAAACCUGGGGUUUGAACUUAAUGCAGUUGCUGAAGCCAUCAUGCAAAAUACAGCAUCCAAAUGUAUCUUGCAGGAAGGAAAGAAAGAAAAAAAAAAGAAAGAAAGAAAAAUAGAAAAGCAAAUGGAUAUCCACCUGCAAACCAAAGAUGAGUGAUGAGAGUGAAAGCAGAUGUGUUGUCCCAUACCCUGCAGUUGUGGAGUUCCCACACACCAGCUGGCCCUCCAUGGUCGAGCUUUCUUUGUUUUCUACUCUAGGAACAUUUCUUCCUUCCAAAAAUGCAAUUGGGUUUUUGUACCUAACGUUCUAGAGUAGUUAUGUAAGUUAUCAUCAUUCUCAUAGGCUUGUUAUCAAGCACUGGGAUUUUAACAUGAGCACUUAGAAGCAAAAUUGUUUUUGUGUGAUACAAUUUUGGGUGGUGGGAAGCUCUUCUUUUGCAUUAGUAAAACAGAGCUGGAGACCUGACCAGGUUUGCCAAAUGCAUAGUGAUACUCAAAACUGAGUCCCAAAGUAUCCCUCGGUUAAAACUUCUCAGUUUAAACCUGACUUUAAAUCUGUUCACCAGGAUAACAGCAGCACCCAGACAAGAAAUGUUGGGAUUGCAGCCAUUUGUCCUUUGGCAGCAGACUGGCACAGCAAAUGUUCCAGCAUCUAUCCAGUAAAUAGUGUAUGCAUGCGUGUGUGAAAGGGGCUGAUAGCCCAAAAGUAAAAGAUUCAAAACAAAUCCAGAUCUCGCCAUGCAGAACAGGUAGAAAAAUCCUUCUGGGCUCUUUCCCAAUGGGCUGUCCUACUAAACAUGGUGUGAUUUACUCCUUGCAUGAGGACUUCAGCCUGGACUGGCCUGUCUGUUACUCUUUUCUGCUUUACUUGACUGGCACCAAUGUGUUUUUCAUUUGUAACUGGUUUUCCUGAGCUCCUUCCCCUUCUUUUUUUUUGCUUGCAGCUUUGAUUGUUGAUUUUUACCUCCAGAGUCACAGAGGCCAUCUUUGAUGCCAACAGCAGUGCUCUUGCUGGGAAAAAAAUACCUAAAAAUACAGAAAACCUCCAGCUGGCCCUUAGCCUGCAGAAGAAGUGUGAGGACAGGCUGCCCGUGAACUCUGCGAGAUGAAAGUCGGUGUUGCAGUGGCAGGGGGUUACACUGCUGAUUUUGCAUGCGACUUCAUUCCCAGUGCAUCCUAACUUCCUGCUGGAUCACCCCUUCUGCAGCACAGAGUGGACACUGGCCCCACCACACAGCAUGGGGAGAGCAGGGGGACAGGGAAACAUAGCAGCGAUGCUUUCCUGAGACUGUGUUACCCCUCUGGUGAUGUCUUUUUUGUCCUGGUUGCUUUUGUACAGGUGUCAUUAGAGUAGUGGGCUCCAAAAUACAAAUGGGAUUUGACCUACUCCUUGUGUGUCUGUUGUGGUGCUGAAAUAAAACCAUGCAAUGAUAGGGAAAUGAGCCACAGAAGGGAGUAUCUGCCCACUUGGUAGACAUCCUUAUGUAGUUCUACAGUAGGCAUUAGAAAAUGGAUUUUUCUCUGUGCAUGUUCCCUGCAUACCUCCAUGGCUACUGACAGUAUUUCUUCUAUCAGCAGUUCUUCUUCCUGCUUAGCCCCAAGGAGCUUUGGAGCUUGCCCAAAGCAUUUGUCAGCCCUAGGAGCCAGCACAGCCCCUUCCCCAUAUCCUCUGCAGAUCAGAGCUCAAGAGAUAAAAUUGCAGCCAUCCCCAAGGCUGCCCCUUGUUAAGCAUGACCCUUUUUUUAGCAAAACAAGCUUCCAGAUAAAGCCAGACAGCUUUUAGCCAUCAGCAAGAAAGGUCGAUAUUGUCCUUCAGAAUUUGGAGAUCAGCUAUAGGAAAAGCUCUGCUAAAACUUCCCCACUGAGUAAGAGCUCUAGGUCUGAGCAGUGCUAGGUGAAUCCUACAUAAAAACACCAGAUCGAUUUUGCCAGUGAGUUCAUGCAGACUGUAGACUGUUGCUUUUUCUCCUUCAAAAUACUUGGAGGAUUCAUAUACCCGCAAAGUAUCAGUUUCUAGACUAAGCCCCAAGGUAUCUUCUGUGGAUGUUCCCAUUUAAUGAGAUUACCUUUGUUCUUGCUCCUAUGCAUGUUUAUCUGGUUGAACUGGAGCCUGAAUGCAUCCCUGAAAUUAUUCAUGGGAAGGGAGUUUUGCUUUCGUUAUCACGCUUAUUUGCACUAGAAACUUGAUGCUAGGAAUUGCACUCAUUCAAGCAAAGAGCAGAAACACACACACAAAGACGAUUGCAUCCAAGGAAAACAGCAUCAAAAUCAAGCACAGAGGAUGAAUUGGCAACAGUUGAGGAACCUGUUCACAAGCACUGUGCAGUUUCCCCUGGUACAUUGCUCAUCUCCAACUUCUUGCCCAGCAGCAAUUUUACACAGCCCCUUUCAUUUCCCCCACCACCACCCUUCCCUGAAACUGAGUCCUGCCUGUCCAUCCUUGUGCACGUGCAUGUGUGCAUGUUACAGCCCCAGGGAUCACAGGUCCCACUGGUGGGAAGCCAGGAGCUGGUUCAGGUUUUUGGUCUGACUUUGUGCUGUUGGGUCAAAGCUGUGUAAAUAGUGUUUAAAGCCAAGGAUAAAGGCUCUUUAUCCAGACUGAUUUUUGAGACUCCUUCCCCACCUUGAAAUGGGCCACAGCACUGCCCAGUUAGCUAUUUUUUUCCUCCUCUUCAUAAAUUAUAAGGUCAGAAGAGUGGCUCUUACAUUUUUCCAUGCCCUAGCAUGGAAUCAGGGCAUGUACGCUCAUGAGCGCUGUGAAAAAACACUGCUGAGCUAAUGGAAAAUCUCCAGUAGAUGCAUGUUACUGCACUGCAUGUAUUAAACUACUGUUCAUUACUUUUGUAUUUCCUGAGCCUUUUCUUCAUGCACAUUCAAUCCAGCCUUUUUUUCAAGGGGUUUCUUCUAGGUUUUGCUUUUAAAUGACUCGGUGUAUCUGUAACUUGAAAUCCCUUGUUAAGUUUGAGUAAAUGCAAAAGCCAAUAUUUGUAAACAAGAUACUGCAAAACCUGAUAAUGUAUUUUGUCUUUCUGUGGAAUGCUCUGCAUGUACAUAGCAUGCACAGGAAGAGUCACCAUCCAGAGCUUAAAACUAUGCAGCAGUCAUGUACACACGUCUAGAAACAGGGAGUCGGGGAGGGUCCCUCUGAAUAUGAUGUCAAAAAGUUUGAGCUGCAUCUAAAAUACCUUCCUGGGUUGUCAAUGCUCAGGUCUGCCAAGAAGUAUGUCAGUGUGUCUCUUCAGGGUUGUGGGUUGGGUUUUUUUUGUUCCUCUUUCUUAGUCAAAUCAUUGGCUGAUUUACUCAAUUCUUAGUAUUUUUCUCUUCCCAUAAGAUUUUUUUUUCUUGCCUGUUGCAAAAUGAGCUGCAUUGUGCGGACCAAGAUGCUGUGAUUGUUUGCCUGAACUAAUUAAGGCAGCAAGUUGAGCUAAUUAUCUCAUCAUUUCCAAAGCAUCACUUAUCAAAUAACCUUCCCCAGUAUUACCACCUUGCACUCAGUCCUUCAACAUCUCCAUGUAGCAACACCACUAUUUAUCCACAGAGGAGUUUGGAGCAGUACUUCUCCUUCCUCCACAUGGAAAUCAUAGCUUUGCCUUUUCUUACCUCAACCAUUGACCCAUUUUCAUUUGUGCUGGUCUUUCUAUGGCAGAGCAGUGUACAGGAUGGUCAUGUGGUGUUUUCAGCACACCUGGUCCAGUCCUUUUUUGCGAGUUGGCAGGUCAAUGGUCCCAGCUUCUCAACAGUCACUGCUUUCAUGUGGAAGGUGUUCAUCUUCUCAAAGCUCAAAACAAAGUCACCUUGAAAGGUUGAUAAAUGGUCUUCUGAUACAGGCAUGCCAAAUAGCUUCAGAGAAAGCACUGUGUUGGUGAUGCAGGGAGAAGGUAGCCCUCCUUGGAAGUUAAGUCACGGACAACUCCACAGUGCCUGAAAGAACCAAGGCUUGAGCUUACCUUUGAGGAUGAUGCCCAGCUUGCAUGCGGUGCCAUCUCCAAGGAGCUGCCUACAGUGUAAAAAUCAUCAUGAGCAGUAGUUGUAAGUUACCUCAUAUCAGGUUGCUAUGGCAGCAUGUGGUUUGAGGCUCCAUGAGGAAGUGGACGUGUGCUGUGGUUCCCAGUGGGUGGGAGAUCAUAGGAGAUGCUCAGGGCAGCUCUAAGCUUUUCUAUCUUUCAUCUGCAUUCCACAAGUCCAGCUGCUGUUGUGCAUGCUGUCUCUUACCAGGUCAAGCCAUAUCUUCACCCUCAAAGUGAAGAACAUGAAAGGUCAUGGCUCAGUGGGAGAUAAGCUGUGACUCACAUUUCUCUCCAGCACAAUGUCAGCAUCCCGUUGCUCAUUCACCUCCAGUUAAGAAGCAGCAUUUUGGUCAAUUUGGGCCUUUUUUAAAUAUAUAUAUUUUAUUUGGGUCAGCAAAUAACCAAAAGAUGCCCAGUCUGUCCAGAGCAGUGCCUCCCCAAUAUCUUCAACUGCAAAACAUCUCUUGGCCGAUUUUUAAUGAAAAUGCAAGCAUGUUUUCUACAACUGCUUAAAUCUUAAUCAAGGAAUGUCAGUGUGCCUAAUAUUGCAGGUCUUGUGAUUGAUACAAGUUCAUAACAGCAUCCAUGUCCAAAAAGAAGGGAGAAUGUGUAUUUACUCCAUGCAUGUAUUAAGGCAUCGCAAAAGUUUUAUCUGCAUAAUGAGUUUGCAAUACUGCAAAUUGUUAAUGGGGCUACGUCGCAAGUGGUUCUCUGCCUUGACAAUCAUGUAUACAUAUCGAGAUUUCUAUCAUAAUGAGAAUUUAAAGGGAUGAUUGUUUUCCUCCAAUAAAUCCAGUUUAAUCUCCCUGAUGUGAAGUGUGAUGUUUUUGAGUGCGUGAGUCUCCUGUG